AUGGCACCAAGUAAGAUUUGUGGUGAUUCUGAUGUGGAGGAUCUAUUUAAAGAGUUGUACAAAGUUAAAGAAGUGAUUCCUUUAUAUGUGUGCGUAAAAAAGAAUAAUGAUAAAGGAAAGACAAAGUUUGUCAAUGAUGAUGAUGGUGAUGGUAAUGAACUCACUGGUAAUGAUGUUGAAUUUGAUUGUGAUGAUGAUAUCAAGUUCCGAAUGAUCCAAGUUAUGUCCCGAAUGAAGAUAUACUUCAGAGUGGUGAAGGCAUCAUUGGUUCCAAUCCCACAAUUCGAUGAUAUUGUACAUGAGAGCGGUAACAAUGAACUUCAGGAAUGUGAUAAAGUAGUUGAAGAAAAUAAUGAUGUAAUUGAGAAUGACAUUGUAGUCGGAGGAGGUCAAAUUAUCCCUUAUCAACAUUAUGAUAUGUUUAUGGGAAAUGUUGCACAAUGUAAUAGAGAAGCAAGUCAGGAUAGUGGCAGACAUGAUGGAUCGAAUUUGAAAGUGGGUCAACACUUUGUGAGUAAGGAUGAAUUGAGUUAUUAUCUUAGCAUCAUUGCCAUUAAUGGGAGAUUUGAAAUGCGAACAACCAAAUCAAACAAGUCUAUAAAGGAGGUUCGUUGUGUCAGUGAAAAUUGCUUAUGGAGAGUGCGUGCUACGAAGAUGAAAGAUUCACAUUUCUUUGUCAUUCGACAAUAUCAUAGUCUUCAUAGUUGCUCAUUAAUGAACCGAAAUGCCAAUCAUAGACAAGCAUCCAGUCGCGUUAUUGGUUCUCGUGUACAGGGACACUUUAAGAAUAGUAAGGACCCACUUAACCCAAAAAGCCUUGCAGGAUUCAUGCGUGAGGAAAUGAAAGUUCAAGUUAGUUAUUGGAAAGCAUGGAAAGGAAAACAAUGGGCUCAAAAUUUGAUUAGAGGAACAGCUAAAGAAAAUUUUGCAUUGCUCCCUUCGUAUUGUCACAUGUUGAAGCGGGCAAAUCCAGGUACAGUUACUCACAUUGAACUUGAUUUAGAAAAUAAAUUCAAGUAUUUUUUUAUGGCUUUAGGUGUGGCCAUAAGAGGGUUCACUUACAUGAGAAAAGUAAUUGGUAUAGAUGCAGCUUGGAUCAAGACUAAGCAUAAAGGUGUGUUAUUAGUAGCAACUACACAAGAUAGUGAAUACCAUAGUUACCCCAUUGCAUGGGGUUUGGUUGACAGUGAGAAUAACACUUCAUGGACAUGGUUCUUAGAGAAGUUGAAGGACUUAAUACCUGAUAGCUCAGACUUAUGUUUUGUUUCUGAUAGACAUCAAAGUAUUGAACAUGCAGUUCGUCGUGUUUAUGUUAUGGCUUCUCAUGGGGCAUGUUAUUGGCAUGUAAAGCAAAAUAUAAAACACCGUUUCAAAAGUGCUGCUGGGACUAAAUUGUAUAAGAAAGCUGCAAUAGCGUACCGUAUCGAAGAGUUUAAUAAACACUUCGACCAACUUCGCAAAACAUAUCCACGUGUUGCUAAGUAUCUUGAGAAUGAUGUCAAGUUCAGUAAGUGGUCUAGAGCACAUUUUGUUGGUAACCGAUAUGAAGUCAUGACCACUAACAUAGUUGAGUCAGUGAACAAUAUGAUGCGAAAGGCCAGAGAGUAUCAAAUUAUUGCUAUGAUUGAUUUUAUCAUUAGCACGAUGGGACAAUGGUUUUUUGAACGUCGGCGGGAAGCAUGUGUAGUUACAACUCCAUUAACACCAAAGAGGGAAGAAAUAUUACGCAAGAGAUGGGAUGAAGCCGGUUCAUUGAUAACUCUCCAGUUAAAUGAGAAUGAGUACAAUGUGAUGUGUGGAGAACUCGAUGCAAUAGUAAAUUUAAGGUCAAAGAGUUGCACGUGCAAAGUUUUUGAUAUUGAGAAACUUCCAUGUAUCCAUGCAAUAGCAGCAGCAGGAAAGGCACAACCCCAAAAUACUGGGGAACUCAUAUAUUCUAUGUGUUCACAGUACUACACAUCAGAAUAUUGGUUGUUAGCAUAUGCUGAAACUAUUUAUCCUGUACCUCCAAACUCACAAUGGACUGACAUUCCUGAAGAUAUUCUUGCAGUACAAGUGAUAUCACCUCCUGAAGACAAGACUAUAGGAAGACCAAGAACCAAUCGCAUAGCUUCCAAAGGUGAAUUUCUUAAGAAACAAUAUAAUUGUGGAGCAUGUGGACAGUCAGGACAUAAUUCGCAAACAUGUCCACAAGUGCCAUCAGAUGGUAGAAGCACAACUCAUGUGUGA